GCCCAAACUGGACCUCUGGCACUUAGUCUAUGCGUAUGCAACUAUCCAACCGAAAUGUGCCAGUCAGUGUUUCAAAAAUGUUCCUAAUGUUCGGUCUACUUGUGACUACGGCGAUACUAACCGCCAUUGCGCUCAUAUAUAAACUAAAGUAUAAGUAUUUGAUUGAUGUGACCAGUGACAUACCAUCAGCGCCGGCAUUGCCCAUCAUAGGUCAUGCUCUGUAUUUUAUAAAUAAGCCAUCGCAUAAGAAAAUAGAAAAACUCCGCGAAUUCCUUAACACCUAUGGCAAUACAGUUAAAGUGUGGUUAGGUCCUGAAUUGAAUAUAAUGAUGGCUGAUGUGAAGGAUGUGGAAGCGAUUUUGGGUUCGAUGGCAUUUCUUGAGAAGGCAGGCGAGUAUAAAGCAUUGGAGCCGUGGCUGAGAGAAGGGCUGCUCGUAAGUCGUGGACGCAAAUGGCAUAAGCGUCGGAAGGCCAUAACGCCAGCUUUUCAUUUCAACAUCUUGGCUCAAUUUAUUGAAGUGUUCGAGCGCGAAUCGCGAGUUUUGGUAGCUAAUUUGGAACGUGAGCGACAGAUGCAAGGAAGUGAAGGAUGCAAUUUGUACGAUUGGAUAAAUUUGUGCACGCUGGAUACGAUAUGUGAAACUGCCAUGGGUGUAUCCGUGCAUGCGCAAACCAAUGCCGAUUCGGAGUAUGUGCAGGCGGUUAAAACCAUAUCUACCGUGACACACAAGCGUAUGUUCGACAUUAUCUAUCGCUUCGACUUCACUUAUCAGUUCACCAGUGUGGCACGCGAAGAGAAAUGUGCCUUAGCUGUGCUGCAUGGCUUCACCGAACGUAUUAUACUGCAGCGCCGCGAAGAGUUGUUGUGCAAACACAACGCCACCGCUGACAUGGCUGCCAGUGCCGAAAAGAGCAAAGCGAAUGACUACACUACAACCGAAGUGGAUAACGACAACGAUGUGGGCGCUAAGCGUAAGCAAGCCUUUCUCGAUAUCCUGCUACAGUCACAGAUCGAUGGUAAACCUUUGAGCAAUUUGGAUAUACGCGAAGAGGUCGACACAUUCAUGUUUGAGGGACACGACACCACCUCUUCGGCCAUCAAUUUCUUCUUCUACAAUAUCGCCAUCUAUCCGGAGUGUCAAAGCAAGUGUUUCGCGGAGAUUGUUGACAUUUUGGGUACGGAUAAAAGCAAGCCGGUUACCUAUGACAUAUUGAAUAAGCUGAACUAUGUGGAGUUGUGCAUUAAGGAGACGCUACGGAUGUUCCCUUCGGUGCCGCUGUUGGGACGUAAAGUGACGCAGGAGUGCGAAAUAAAUGACAAAGUUCUUCCCGCUGGCACUAACAUCGGCAUUGCACCAUUCCACCUGGGACGCCAGCCGCAUCUCUUUCCCGAGCCGAACAGCUUCAAGCCAGAACGAUUUGAUAUUUCGAAUGGCGCUUCGAAAAUAACCCCCUACGCUUAUAUACCUUUUUCGGCGGGUCCGCGUAAUUGCAUCGGCCAACGUUUCGCUGUUUUGGAGGUAAAGAGUGUUGUGACGAAUGUGCUGCGGCAUUUCGAAAUCGAGUUUGUCGGUGAUAGCACAACAGAGCCGAUACUUAUUGCUGAGUUGAUAUUGCGCACGAAAGAUCCGCUAAUGUUUAUGCUGAAACCGAGAGUUUAUUAGCCAGGGGUGAGAAUGAGAGAGGCGGCGUGAUAGAUACAUUUUAGGUGCAAGUAGAAAUUUUGCUGUCUUCAAGAAAGUAUUCAUUUAGUGCCAUACAUUUUUGUACCAAAUAUAUAUGA